UUUGUAUGUCUCAAUAUAAUGGUAUUAUUUAAUUAAAUCCAUUUAAAAUAAUCUUUGUCUGAAAAUAAAAUAUGAUCCUCAACUGCGUUUCCCCUCCAGUCAGCAGACGGCGAUGUGCGUCUUUCAGGCGACGCUGCCAGCGUGACGUAUAAUCUAGUGGACGGUUCUUCAUAAACAGCUCGUCAACCACCUCGGUAGCUUGCUAGCCAACAUAGCCGAAAGAUUCAAGCUAUUUACACGCUUUCGGUGUAUAUUAGCUACUGUGUUUUAGCCACACCUCUGUCUUAUCUACUUGUUAACUUAUUUAAUAUUACGUUAUUUUGUAUUAGUCAGCUAUAGUAGCUGGCUGGUUAAAUUAGCACUAGCCUAGUCGCUAAUGAUAGCUAGCUAGCUAACAUCCCUGAACAUGAGCUCACUAAACAUCCCCCCUCAUGUUAAAGAAGAGGCGGUCUGCUGGACGGAGAAAGAAGCUCUGGGGCUGAACAUUGUCGUGAAAGAGGAGAAGGAAGAAGAGGAUAUCACAGUAAAAAUAGAAGUAGAGGGUGAGGCUGUUACAGUGAAAGAAGAAGAGAUAGACGUUUCAGUGAAAGAAGAGGAAGACGCGUUCAGAGUGAAAGAGGAGGAGGAUGUUACAAUGAAAGAAGAGGAGGAAGAGAAAGAGGAGGAGGAUGUUACAGUAAAAGAAGAGGAUGCAGUUUUUGGAGUGAAGAAGGAAGGGGAGAUUACUGUCACAUUGAAAGAUGAAGAGGUGGAGAUAGGAGAUCUGAUUAACACCAGAGAGAGACGGGACUACCAUGGGUCCUCUGGGGAGCCUCAACAACCUCAUGAUGCUGACAAGGCAGAGAAGAGUUUCUCCACAUCAGAACACCUCAAGAAACACCCGCAGAGAUCCACAGGGAAGAAAUCUCACUGCUGCUCUGACUGUGGGAAGAGAUUCACCUCCUCAUCAGGAAUUAAAAUUCAUCAGAGAACACACACAGGAGAGAAACCGUAUAGCUGUGAUCAAUGUGGGAAGAGUUUUGUUACAUCUGGCCAUCUGAAGAUACAUCAGAGAACACACACAGGAGAGAAAUCUUAUAGCUGUGAUCAAUGUGGAAAGAGUUUUGGCCGAUAUGGCCAUCUGACAUCACACCAGAGAAUACACACAGGAGAGAAACCUUAUAUCUGUGCUCAAUGUGGGAAGAGUUUUGAUACAUCUAGCCAUCUUAUUGUACACCAGAGAAUACACACAGGAGAGAAACCUUAUAGCUGUGGUCAAUGUGGGAAGAGUUUUACUACAUCUGGCUCUCUGACUUUACACCAGAGAACACACACAGGAGAGAAACCGUAUAGCUGUGAUCAAUGUGGGAAGAGUUUUGGUCAAUCUGGCACUCUGACUCUACACCAGAGAACACACACAGGAGAAAAAUCUUAUAGCUGUGGUCAAUGUGGGAAGAGUUUUACUACAUCUGGCCAUCUGACUUUACACCAGAGAACACACACAGGAGAGAAACCUUAUAGCUGUGGUCAAUGUGGGAAGAGUUUUGUUACAUCUGGCCAGCUGACAUCACACCAGAUAAUACACACAGGAGAGAAAUCUUAUAGCUGUGGUCAAUGUGGAAAGAGUUUUGGUCGAUCUGGCCAGCUGACAUCACACCAGAUAAUACACACAGGAGAGAAAUCUUAUAGCUGUGGUCAAUGUGGAAAGAGUUUUGGUCGAUCUGGCCAGCUGACAUCACACCAGAGAACACACACAGGAGAUAAAUCUUAUAGCUGUACUCAAUGUGGGAAGAGUUUUGAUAUAUCUAGCCAUCUUAUUGUACACCAGAGAAUACACACAGGAGAGAAACCUUAUAGCUGUGGUCAAUGUGGGAAGAGUUUUGGUCAAUCUAGCACUCUGACAUCACACCAGAGAAUACACACUGGAGAGAAACCUUAUAGCUGUGGUCAAUGUGCGAAGAGUUUUACUACAUCUAGCAAUCUGACUGUACACCAGAGAAUACACACAGGAGAGAAACCUCAUAGCUGUGGUCAAUGUGGAAAGAGUUUUGGUCAAUCUGGCCAGCUGACAUCACACCAGAUAAUACACACAGGAGAGAAAUCUUAUAGCUGUGGUCAAUGUGGAAAGAGUUUUGGUAGAUCUGACCAGUUGACAUCACACCAGAGAAUACACACAGGAGAGAAAUCGUAUACCUGUGGUCAAUGUGGGAAGAGUUUUACUUCAUCUAGCAAUCUGACUGUACACCAGAGAUUACAUACAGGAGAGAAAUCUUAUACCUGUGGUCAAUGUGGGAAGAGUUUUACUACAUUUAGCAAUCUGACUGUACACCAGAGAACACACACAGGAGAUAAACCUUAUAGUUGUAAUCACUGUGAGAAGAGGUUUCCUACAUAUAGCCAGCUGACUUCACACCAGAGAACACACACGGGAGAGAAACCUCAUAGCUGUGAUCAAUGUGGGAAGAGGUACACUGAUAAAAGAUCUCUGAUUAAACAUCAGAAAAUACAUGAAGGAGUUGUUUCAUGUUAUCAAUGAAUUAAUGUCACAAUGUAGAAUGUUUUAACAUUGUAGUAGGAGUAUUUUAAUGAUGUCACAAUGUAGAACCCUAAACGUUUGUCCCCUGUUCUAUUGAUUUCAACAUGAUAUGGAUAUUAGCCUCAGGGGGGAAAUCCAGGCUCUGAAUUGGAAGAGUACUAUUUAUGUGAUUUAACAAAAAGUGACUAACACAAAAAGAGCUGUGUUACACUUACCAUGUUGGUGACCCACUUAAAUCAAAAUGCAACACUUCAAAAUGUAGCGAUCUAUUUUCUACAAAUUGUCCUCUAAUCAGGGAUGUACACAUUAUUCCCAUAUUCUGUGUGGUUUUUGAGCUGUUAGUUUUAACAGGACGCGUAACCUCAUCUCCCUUCUGUCACACAAUUAAUUUUGACAUGAUAUCGAUGAGUGAUGACAAAUAAGUGUUGCGUUCCUUUGUUCAGCGACCCCUAAAUUUAAAUGCAUCACUCCAAAAUGUAGCUGACUGUUUUCUGCAGGUUGUCCUCUAACCAGUGAGGUAAAAGAUAUCUCCCAUUUCCAUGUGUUUUUUUAGUUGUGUUAGUUUCAACAGCACCUACAACCUGAUGUCCCCCCUAAUCGAUAUCAGUGAUUUAUUGCUACUUGUCAAAACAACAGCGUUUUUGGUGCUUGUGCAGUUUAUAAGGUCCUUGUUUAAGUAAUAUGAUUAUUGUGGCAGAUGUUUGUGUAUAUAGUACAUUUUAUGUUUAGGUUUUCAAUUUAUCACAAACUGUUUCUGCAUUUGGACUAUUGAUUUGGACACGUUUAAACUGUGACAUUGGGGAUAUCCCACCUAACAAACUGUGACAUUGGGGAUAUCCCACCUAGCAAACUGUCGUUGAAAAUAAGACUAUGACCGACGUACAAUAUAAGUUUGGUUUUACUUUAAAGUGUAAAAGAAAACUAUUUAAUUUCAACGUACUCGCAGCUUAUACACAUGGACGCAGUAUAAUAAAUCGGUCUAUAAUCAAUUUUAUUAACAAUCCUAAUAAAUUGAGUCAUAAAUGUAGGAUAUAUUUGUUGUCUUAAGGGGGAAGGUGUUACAGUCUUUGUUUUUUCCAUUUGUGUUUGGACGUUAGCAGUCUAGCUCGUUAGCAAGUAGGACGCACUGAUUGGUGUCCCCUUAUUAGUCAGUAUGUGUUACACCUGUGCUGGCUUGUCCAUCUCGUUAGUGGGAAGGUGUUUCACUUGAGCUGGUCCAGGUUCUAUUUAAGAGUGUCUGGCCCAGUGCUCCAGUUGUCUUGAUAGAUGUGGAGAGUCAACACCUUUAGUUGCUCCACCUUUUUGGUUUGCUUCCUGUCUGUAAGUUUUUAUUUUGUUUGCCUCUUCUUGGGCAGAUUUAGUGGGUCUUAUGGUGGGUGUCUUUUAGGUCCCAGUUGUUGUUACUAGUCAAUUUCCAGUGGACAACCCCAUAGUGUCUUUCAGAACCCCUCCUAAAAAACAAGCUUAUAUUUUGGGUUGGAUAUUUUAAUCAAUGGCAUUUCCUUAGGAUGCUCAUUAGUCUUUAAGUUAUUGUUUUUUUAUCCUCUUAUGUUUGUGUUCUAAAUAUUUCUGUUUAUUUUCAUAGUUUUUUCCUGUGAAGCCAUUGUGUUGCAUCCAUGUCUGAAAUGUGCUGUAUAAAUAAAGCUUGAUUUGAACAUAUUGCAAAACAAAUGAACCCAAUGACU